CACGUUAAGCUCUGAAAACGGCCUCGCUUCAAACAACCAACUCUUCUUCUUGAAGAGAAGCAAGCUAUACCCUUCCAAAGUCUUAACAGAAAAGAGGAGAGAGAAUAUUAAGAUAACCAAGUAAUCUACUCUAUAUAUCAGCAGAAUUAUUAUUUCUAAGCUUGCUUGAUUUGUUUCAUGUAAGAAGAGAUUAACCUUAUUUUCCCUCUAUAACCCAAAACUUUGGCCUUAUUCCUCUAUCUUUGAUCUAAAAUUAUGGGUUCAUCAAUAAAUUCAAUUCAUGAGCUAUAUCAUAGUAUUGAGAUCAAAGAUGAAAGACCUUUCGCAAUUCGAAUUAUCGAAGAUAUAAGGAAGAGAUCCCUCUCAUACCAUACCUACCAAGGACUUGUAUUGAUAGUUACAUUCUUAUCAUACACAACAUACCAUCUAACCCGAAAAACCUCGAGUAUAGUCAAAAGUGCCCUUGAUCCUCAAACACCUACAUCAGCAUCUUUGAACUUACAAUCCUACCCAUGGCAAAGAAAUUACCUGAACUUAUCAAAUGGAAAUGGAACAUUAUUGGGUGCUAAUGAAAGUGGAUGGGCGCCAUUUAAUGAUAGCAAUGGCACUGCAUUGCUCGGUUACCUUGAUGUGGCUUUUCUUGCAGUGUAUGCUGCAGGAAUGUUCUGCUCAGGGCACCUUGGAGAUCGAAUGAACUUAAGAGUGUUUUUAACCAUUGGAAUGUUGGGUACCGGCUUAUUUACAGCAUUAUUUGGAUUAGGUUAUUGGUUUAACAUCCAUAACUUUUACUAUUAUUUGGUAGUACAAAUGCUUGCCGGUUUGUUCCAAUCAACCGGGUGGCCUUCAGUUGUCGCAGUUGUCGGAAAUUGGUUUGGAAAAGGUGGGAGAGGUUUAAUUAUGGGGAUUUGGAAUGCGCAUACUUCAGUUGGAAAUAUCACUGGCUCAUUGGUUGCAUCUUCUUUGUUGAAGUAUGGAUGGGGAUGGUCUAUGUUUGUUCCUGGUGUUAUAAUUGGGUUCUUUGGCGUGGUUGUUUAUUUCUUGUUGCCUGUUAGUCCCCUGUCUGUUGGGAUGCAUAUGGGCGAUGAAGAUACAAAUUCUCCUAAGAAAGGUUUCUUGGCAGAACCCUUUAUACCUUUGGAGACAAUUGAUGAACACGAAACACAAACUGAGGAGCGGGCUAUUGGAUUCAUGGAAGCAUGGAAGAUUCCUGGAGUUGCUAAUUAUGCUCUUUGCUUGUUCUUUGCGAAAUUGGUCGCCUAUACGUUCUUGUAUUGGCUUCCUUUUUACAUCAGUUAUACAGAGAUAGGAGGUGAAUAUCUUUCUAGUGAGACAGCAGGGAACCUAUCAACCUUCUUCGAUGUAGGAGGCGUAAUUGGAGGAAUAUUAGCUGGUUUUGUAUCUGACAAACUCGAUGCAAGGGCAAUAACAGCAGCUUCCUUCACAUAUUUCACCAUCCCAGCUCUCUACAUGUACAGAAAUUAUGGGUUCAUCAACAUGUACAUGAAUAUUGGGCUGAUGUUUAUCACUGGAAUGUUUGUUAAUGGACCAUAUGCCUUAAUUACAACCGCAGUUUCAGCUGAUCUAGGAACGCAUAAAUCGUUAAAGGGUAACUCGAGGGCACUUGCUACUGUCACCGCGAUUAUAGAUGGUACGGGUUCAAUUGGGGCUGCAAUAGGGCCUUUGCUUACUGGUUAUUUCUCAGCUAUAAGUUGGGAUGCAGUCUUUACAAUGUUGAUGACAGCAGCUUUGAUCGCGGGAUUACUUCUUACUAAGCUUGUUAUUGAGGAGAUACGAGCAAAAAUCGAUGGAUACAGAACUCCUAGAGGAUCAACUGAAGAUUUUCUUGUAUGAAAAACAAAUAAAAAUUCCCAAACGAUAAAAAAAUGUUUGAAACAAAAGAAAGGGAUAAAAAUUUUGUGUUUAUUGUGUGUGAAAUCCCUUCUUGGGAUCUCAGAUAGGGAAAAGAAAGAUGUGCAUUUUUAUUGUUCCUUCCAUAAACUAUAUUUGGAAUUAUGGAGGGAGAAACUUGAUGUUGUAAAUUAUAUUUUUGUAUAUGUACAGAGUUUUUGGUAUGUUUA